UUAAAAAUAUUACGACAAAACAAGUUGUUUUUCAAUUUUUUAUUCAAGAUAUUCAAGAAUACUAUUUGCUUGAACAUUAUUUAUUUGGGCACUAUUUACUCGAGAUCAUAUUGUAGAAAGUUAUUGGAUAAAUAGAGGAAUUUUCUGAAGAGUAAUGUGAGCAUUUAAGAAGAUGAAGAUUUGUAUAACGUGCGUGUAUUGGACAUUACUUUUUAUAUCAGUUGCUUCCAGUGCACUUCUGUUCAUCAUAGUUGCUUCUGAAAAUGCACAAACCAAUUAUCACUCAUCCCUUAAAAUGAAUGAAACUUCUGAGGCUGUUGAUAAUAAUACAUUAAAUGAUAUGGAAAUUAAUGACCUAAACACAUCCACUAUACCAAUUAAGGAACUACAUGAUCUACACAAAUUAGAAACUGAUUAUAAGGAUCAUUAUUAUCAUGAAAAAUAUAUUGAAGAAUCUGCUGGCUUUGGAACAGUUAUAAAUGGUGAAGCAAGAAAGAAAGGGAAUCCUUAUAAAGAUUCAGAUAUUGUAGCGGAAACUCUUACUCAACAACCUAAUUUAUCUCAGGGAAUUUCUGAAAACGAUGAAGCAACAGUUUUAACUUCGGUGAAUACAUCUGUAGCAGAACUUCAAAGUUUAGCAGAAUCAAAGCUUAAUUCUGAGUUUUCAAAAUCUAGAUUAUUUCCAAAAAAAUCGUCUAUAUUGACAAGAAAUGAAAAUAUAAGACAAAAAAUAAAGAAAGGACAGGAAGAGACGUCAUCUAGCAUACAGACACCAUCAUCAUCUAUUAUCAAUGAAAUUACUGAAACACGUAAUGAAACAAAUAGUCUUGAAGAAGAAUCUUUGUUACUGACAAAUUUAGUUGGGGAAGAGGAAACAUCUGAGGUAGUGGUUGUAGUAAGGGCUGAACAAGCUUCUAUUACCACUGAUGGGCCGGAGUUGAAGCUUGAAGAGAGUGUUGUUAAAGUACAUCCCGAUGAGAUAUCCAAAGUUGAUGGAACAUUUGCAACAACCUCAGAAUUAAGCGAUACUGAUGCUAAAGCUAGAUUAGCGGGAGAAAAUAGAGAUGAUGCUGCCGCAGUUGUACUUGGCGAAGGAAUCGUAACUGUGGGGUCCUCAAAUCCACAUGAAGAUAUUCCGUCUUUCAGUGAAUGGACACAAAAAAGAUUAGAGGAAGCUGAAAGGAAAAAAACACAUCCAAAUGCUUCUGUUCAGAAUUCUGGGACACCAACACGAGGAAUUGGUGGAAUGAAAGUACGUUCUAAAAACUAUGCCUCUCCAGAUUGCGGUGCAAAACUCGUAGCAGCAAAUCCAGAAGCACGAAGUGUUGGAAGCGUUUUAGUUUCCACCCGAGAUGAAUAUAUGCUUAAUACAUGUACGUCACGUAUAUGGUUUGUAGUAGAACUUUGUGAAGCGAUUCAAGCUAAGAAGAUCGAAUUGGCCAAUUUUGAACUUUUUAGUUCAUCACCAAAAGAUUUUUCAGUGCAUAUUAGCGAUCGUUUUCCUACAAGAGAUUGGAGUCCAGUUGGUCAGUUCACUGCAAAGAAUGUAAAGGAUAUUCAAAGUUUUGCUCUAGAACCACAUCUUUUCGGGAAAUUCAUAAAAGUGGAACUUCAAACCUAUUAUGGAUCUGAACAUUUUUGUCCUAUUUCUUUAUUUCGUGCUUAUGGUACCAGCGAAUUUGAGGUUCUCGAAACGGAAACAGAGAAUCAAAUCCCGAGAGAGUCGCAUACAAAUGUAGAUGACGACGAAGACAGUGAUGAAGAGGAGAUUUUAGAUGUUGAAAACGGUGAAACACCAAGAAAUUUAUUUGGCAGUGCUAGAGACGCUGUAUUGAGCAUUAUGAAAAAAGCAGCUGAGGUAUUAGUAAAAUCAAGCGAUUUGACCUAUAACAACAUCACGAAAAUCCAGCAAAGUAUAGACAGCGGUAAUAUCCUUGAGAACUCUUUUAUUAGUUGUACUACACCAAGAUAUACCAUACUUUGUGAUAGCUGCUCAGAUCAAAAAUUUGCCAAAAUCUUCCAAUUAAUUAGUUGUAGGGAAAAACAAUUAAAUGAAUUGCUUAAAAUUGAUCUGGUGAAUAGAACUUUAAGACAAAGCGGGCUAUGUAAAAUUCAUGGCGUUGGGGUUGAAGCUUCCGCAAAAAAGGAGACGAGAGGGAAUAAUGAAAAUGUAAAAGAUAUGGAGAAACAUGAUCAACUUAAUGAAGGAUUUAGUUCAAGUAAGAAUUUUCAGCUAGCUUUCAUAACAUCUAUACUUAAAUCUGAAUAUAUCGCGGCGCUUUGUAAUGUAUUAGCCAUAAAAGAGCGUAAAGUGGUAAUGAAUACAAGCCAUGAAAUACCAUUUAAUAAUUUCAAAGAGGUUAUUAAAGAAGAUAUAUCACACAAACACAAAGAGGAUUAUAAUACUGAUACAUUUCAACACACAUCAGCUACACAUGCUUUGGCUUCAAAUGUUGAUAUAACUUCUCAAGAGCCUAAGAAAGGUAUUCAGGAACCAUCUAGCGACGAAACUAACAUAUUCUCUAGUACACCUGUCGAAAUUUCUUCCAGUUCUAAAAGUAUAGCUUCACAGAUAAAGCCUGCUAAAACUUUUGGAAAAGAAGAAAUUAAGAAUGAAACAUCAAUACCAAUUUUGGAAAUUGAGGAAACAAUUGAAGCUGAAGUACUAACAACUGUUCCUGUAUCUUUAAAUAUUGAACAACAUCCAAUCUUAAAGGCCUCCGAAGAGCCAUCUAUAACGCCUAGUAUUUCUAUCGAAAAUUCACCUCAAACAACUGCUUCUGUCUCAAUAACUACUACUGACAGCAGUGAAUUUCCGAAUGAUGAUGUAAUAUCAGACAUGGAGCCUUUGGAAUUUGUUAGCGUACCAAAUAAAGUGGAGAAAGUGGGACGUCCGGAUCAAGAAGGGAAACAAGAACAGACAGAGAUUUUAGAUCAAGAAAUUAAGUUACCUCCUCAAGAUUCUUUAACGUUUGACAAUUUAUUAUCUGAUCUAAAGGAUUUAGAAGGAGAAUCAGUCCAUAUUCAAAAUGGCCCUAUUGCAAGUGCUUCAGUGACUCAGUCAACAGCGAAUACUAUGCCACAAAAAGAAUCUGUUUUCCUAAGACUGUCUAAUAGAAUCAAGGCAUUAGAAAGAAAUAUGUCUUUGAGUGGACAAUACUUGGAGGAAUUAAGUCGUCGAUAUAAAAAACAGGUUGAAGAAAUGCAGAGAUCUCUUGAACGCACGGUUUCAGCAAUGAGUGAAGAAACGCGUAAAAGGGACGAACGUGAAUCAAAAAGAGCAGAAGAAAUUUCUAUUUUAAAAGAAAAAAUCGUUAAUCUUUCCAACUCGAUGAAAAAUCUUCUACAUGAUCGUGAUAGUUGGCACGGAAAGAUCUCUAUGAUAGGUCAACAUAUGUUGUUAAUAUGUUCCGAAGUUUUUAUGAUAUAUUUAAUUUUAAUGUACUGUUGGGGAAAUAACAAUAAAGGAGUUGAAGUUAAGAAGAAGCAACAGUCAGACAAAGACAUGAUGCGGCGUAAAAGUGCGGAAAACUAUAAUUCACAUAUGAAGAAACCGAAAAAGCGAAGACCAAGCGAAAUAGCUUCUCACAUUACAGGUACAUACCGCGAAUUAAUGAUUAUUGGUAAAUCUUAUGAAACGAAAAAGGAAAGGAAGAGGAAACGUAAAAGGGCAGUCGCCUUGAUUGGUGAUCAAACAAAUGUAAAUAAUGAUAUACAGAUAUGUCCAAAUACACAGUACAGAACUUCAAGUUCAGAUGUUACACACGAAAUGGAAAUAACACCAAAAAUUGCUUCGUCUGUUGAAGUGUUGCAUACAAUUGAUGCCCCAAAACAGGUUUGUAAAAGGCUUAAAUCUGCCCCAGUAAAUAUUAUUAAUUCGCACGAUGAUAACGUUCAGAAAGCAGAGAGUAAUAUACAACUGAUGUACAACUUAUCAUGUGCUGAUAACUCUGAGACAGAUUCCAUUAAAAAUUCUGAGCUAAAUAAUUCAUGUACUGACAAUUCAAAUGAAUUGAAUUCAUUAUCAGCAGAUAUAUUUCCAGAAAGAAUUGCUUAUAGCGAACAGACUGUCAUGGAAUCUGAAGAUCUCUUAAAUUCCAGAAACAUUAGUGGCAUAUUAAAAGACACAAGGCUAAGUGUAACAUCUUCCUUUAUGAGAACAGCUUUAAGUACAAGAAAGAAAAGAAAAGCUUAUUCAAACAAUGCGAACAGAGAAUGGUGUAAGAAUUCACGUGAUUCUAACGAUAAGACUGUACAAGUAAGUUAUAUUCCCUCAAAAUUAUCUUCAGAAAAAGUUCACACCGACGGUGAUACAACUACUAACGGUCUGUUAAUGGAUCAAAGUGAUGAAUCUAGAAGUAGUAGUGUGACGUCAAUAUCAAAAAAAAAGGAGAAAAAGAGCACUGGUUUUAGGAAAAUGGUGAGAAAAUUUUUUUGAUUAAAAUAAACUUGCCAAUGACGGCCGAUUCAGGGAAUAACUUGAAAUUGCUAGAGCUUAUAAGACUUUCUAUUUAAGUAUAAAAUACGCUUGGUUCGAAUGCUUUGCUCGUAUGAAGUUACUUAAGAUAUGUGCAGUUUCACAGACUUACAUUAUUUGUAGAGCUGUAUUCCUGUAUAAUGUUUCUGUAAAUAGUUGAUCAGUUAGUGAGAUUUUAUAAUAUAUAUAUUAUCACACAGCAUAUUAUAAUAUAUGGCACAUAAUCCUCGUAUUAUAUCUCCAAAAACUAUAUACAGACUGUGUGCAUAUACAUAUAUUGUGCAUCCGUAUGUCACAAAAUUUUACUAACUGACCAUGAUCGACUGUCUUCAGAAAUUUUAUAUACAAAUAAGUCUGUACCUCUGUACAUACAUUAAAUAGAUCGUAUAAUAUCUGAAUAUUGUGAUUUGUUCGUAUGAAAUUUCCUAUCAAUAGGUGUAAAUAUAUAAUUAUUAUUUGAAAUAUCUCUUACGUAGAACUGUUUCAGGAAUAAAACUUUAUUAUAAUGUACUAGACUGACUUAUGUAUCAUUAUUAUUUUUAACAUUAUAACUUAUAUAUUAUUUAAUAUUAUCUUUUUAAAUUGUGGAUGUUUAUGUAAAGGUAAUAGACAAAAUACAUAAAAUUUGUGUUGUUAGCCCACGUGGUUAACACGACAUGACUGAGACAUUUUUUUAGCUACAAUGGAAUUUAGUGUAUUUACACGGGUUUAUUGUAACGUUUCUUGGCUUGGACUGCGCUGAAUGGCCUAAAUAGCGGUGAAUGUAGAAAUAGAAGAAAUUCCGAAACAAGACAGGACCAAUAAACAUCCACAACUAUCAUUACUUACUUACUUACCAUUAGGUAUCUCAAAAAGUUUGUCUAUAUACCGGUAUUAAAUAAAACCUACUCUGCUUCAAUUAUGGUCAUACAAUUAUGUACAUAAUAUAUUGGCUAAAUGGAGAUAAAAUAUCAAGAUGACUUUUAAUUUUUUAAAUAGACUACAUAUUUUCGUUUAGCUUGUAACUCAUUCUAAGACGAAGUCAUUGACCCUUGAUAUGUUGGUCUUCCAAACUUAUUCAGGAUCAUUUAUCAUUCUUUAAAGCCUUCCUGUGCUGAACUCGUAGAAAAGAUUCUUUAAAUAUAGAACGAAUUUCUUCGUCUUAUUCAACAACCAGGAAACAUAUAACAGAGCCUGUUCUAGAACUUGUAGAUGACUCUUGUAGAUAAAAGCAUCACCAUGCUGAAAUCAUAUCCAUAUUCUAAUCAUAAAUAAGACGAUUUUCAUCUCGUAAAGAAACCAGGAAGUCGUGAAGCUCAGUGACGAGAGUUAAUCGUCAUAUUUAUGACAAAAUUACCCUUAUUAGAAAAGUCUUAUGGAUGUACAGUGAAAGAAGAUUAAAUGCUGAGAAAUAUAAAAAUCACGCCAUUUUACUUUUUUCACAUUUAAAGCGGUAAUAUUUUAUAAUAUUUUGUAAAAUCGAAAAUGCAUUUAUAUAUUAUCUUUUGUACAAAACCUUAUUUUAAUAUCCGACUACAUUAGAAAUAUGUACUAAUAUAAAAAGUGGAAAGUUUCUUGAUGCUAUAUGAGAUAAAGAAAAAGCACAUUGGAAGAAUAGUUUAAAAAUUUAAUAGGAAAUUUUAAUGUAUUCUGUAUAUUCUUUAAAUCUUCUAUUAACUAUUAUCUGUUCUCAUUAAUGCUAUGGUAUUAUUUUUUUCUUUUUUUUUUUUUUUUAUCAUCAUCGAAGUAGCAAAGCAACCAUUUAAUCAUAUAAUGUCUGCGUAAAUAACUAAAAUUAAUAAAAUGGUAAUAAAACAUACUAUCAUUUUAAGUUGCGACAAAACACUUUAUGGGAUGCCUAAUGUCAUUAUCAUUAUUAUUAUCAUUAUUAUUAUUAUUAUUAUUAUUAUUAUUAUUAUUAUUAUUAUUAUUAUUAUUAUUAUUAUCAGGAUCAUCAUAACUUACGUAUUAUACAUAAAAUUAUAUAUAUUAUGUUUAUUAUGAUAAACAGCCUAACUAAAAAUUCGAACUGAUUCAGUCUAGUGUUAUUUUAUAAAGUAUGUCAAUUUUUAAUGUAUUAUAAAAUUUCAUAGUAGAAGUUACUUUGUAAUAGGAAAGGUAUAAUUAUGAAAAUAAAUCUAAAUAAACCUACAAUUUUAAUGUUAACUUUACGUAAUCUUACUUUAAAAUAUUUUCGUUUCUUUACGGAAUGAUAACAAAUAUUUCUUAUAUGAUCCAUUUAACUUUUAAACAAACAAAUUUAAUUUUGUCAUAUAAAUAAUAUGAUUUUCAAAAAUAUUUUAACUUUUUUCGUUUACAAAGUAACUUUAAUACCCGAUGAAUGCGUUGAACUGUUGUAUUUAUUAUUAUUUAUUAUGUACAUUAAAUUUUGUACCGUGUAUGUCGGAUAAAUAUUUAGAUAUAAUUAAUAUGUAUUUACAAGUAUGUAAUUUAGAAAACAAUAAUAUUAUAAUUAAAAGUACUUCGGUAGCUAGAAGAAACUAAGAUAAAUUCAACAGUGAAUUUAUUUUACGAUAGCAUAAAAGAUUUAAAACGAGAUGUUGAUAAAUUGAUCUAAAAUAUAAAUUUAUGUCAUUACUAGC